CGGGAGUAGUACCAACAGGAGAGAAUAGUGACGGACUAAUGACAGCGAAUCUGUCCUGUGGAACUUGAACGCACUUUUUCCAUUGCGUAUAAACGGACUGUACAGUUUGAAAGACCUGCGUAGCGGGUGCAUUGCUGUGCUUCGCAAUGGAUGAUGGGAAGCCUGUGUGGGCGCCUCACCCAACAGAUGGGUUCCAGCUGGGCAAUAUUGUGGACAUCGGCGCCGACAGCCUCACAAUAGAACCCCUCAACCACAAAGGCAAGACCUUUCUGGCGUCCAUCAGCCAAGUGUUCCCCGCCGAGGAGGACGUCAACAAACAUGUGGAGGACAACUGCUCUCUCAUGUACUUGAACGAAGCGACCCUCCUGAACAACGUCCGCAUACGCUACAGCAAAGACAAAAUCUAUACAUACGUGGCCAACAUCUUGAUUGCUGUGAACCCCUACUAUGACGUCCCCAAGCUGUACGCCCCCGAGACCAUUAAGAUGUACCAUGGGCGCUCACUGGGCACGCUCCCUCCUCAUGUCUACGCUAUUGCGGAUAAGGCCUACCGGGACAUGAGGGUCCUGAAGAUGAGCCAGUCCAUCAUUGUUUCAGGUGAAUCUGGAGCUGGAAAGACCGAAAACACCAAGUUUGUCCUCAGGUAUUUAACAUCAUCAUAUGGAACAGGUCAAGAUAUUGAUGAGAGAAUAGUUGAGGCCAACCCUUUGCUUGAAGCCUUUGGCAAUGCCAAGACAGUCAGAAAUAAUAACAGCAGUCGAUUUGGGAAGUUUGUGGAGAUUCAUUUCAAUGAGAAGAAUGCCGUAGUGGGGGGGUUUGUGUCCCACUACCUGUUGGAGAAGUCGCGCAUCUGCAUGCAGAGCUCAGAGGAGCGCAACUACCACAUCUUCUACCGCCUCUGUGCCGGAGCCUCCGAGGAGAUCAGGAACAAGCUGCACCUCAACUCCCCAGACAGCUUCCGGUACCUGAACCGUGGCUGCACACGCUACUUUGCCAGCAUGGACUCCGAUAAGCAGAUCAUGCAGAACCGGAAGAGCGCUGAGCACGACAAGGUGGGAGCGCUGAAAGACCCGCUGCUGGACGACCAGGGCGACUUCAACAGGAUGUGCGUGGCCAUGAAGAGGAUCGGCCUGGACGACACGGAGAAGCAGAACCUGUUCAGAGUAGUGGCAGGUGUGCUGCACCUGGGCAACAUCGACUUUGAGGAGACGGGAAGCACCUCGGGUGGCUGCAUCCUGAUGAACCAGUCCAGUCAGGCGCUGCAGUACUGCGCGGAGCUGCUCGGCCUGGACCAGGAGGACCUGCGGGUCAGCCUCACCACCAGGGUCAUGCUCCCGGCAGCAGGGGGCGCUAAAGGCACAGUCAUCCAGGUGCCCCUGAAGGUGGAACAGGCCAACAACGCGCGGGAUGCCCUGGCCAAGGCCGUGUACAGCCGCCUCUUUGAUCACGUGGUCAAGAGGGUCAACCAGUGCUUCCCUUUCAAGACCUCCUCCAACUUCAUCGGGGUCCUGGACAUCGCUGGCUUCGAAUAUUUUGAGCACAACAGCUUUGAGCAGUUCUGCAUCAACUACUGCAACGAGAAGCUGCAGCAGUUCUUCAACGAGCGCAUCCUAAAGGAGGAGCAAGAGCUGUACCAGAGAGAAGGCCUGGGGGUGAACGAGGUGCACUAUGUGGACAACCAGGACUGCAUAGACCUGGUGGAGGCCAAGCUGGUCGGCAUCCUGGACAUCUUGGACGAGGAGAACCGCCUGCCGCAGGCCAGUGACCUGCACUUCGCCGAGGCCGUGCACAGCAAGCACAAGGACCACUUCCGCCUCACGGUUCCCCGGAAGUCCAAACUGACAGUGCAUAGGAAUCUGCGAGACGACGAAGGCUUCAUCGUCCGACACUUUGCGGGAGCUGUGUGCUAUGAAACGACCCAGUUUGUGGAGAAGAAUAAUGACGCCCUCCACAUGUCCUUGGAGAUCCUGGUAUGUGAGUCGAAGGACAAGUUUGUGAAGGAUCUCUUUGAGAACUUCAGCAACUCCAGGGAUGCCAAGCAGAAGGCCGGCAAGCUCGGCUUCAUCAGUGUGGGAAACAAAUUCAAGACUCAGCUGAACCUGCUAUUAGAGAAGCUCCGCAGCACGGGCUCCAGCUUCAUCCGCUGUGUCAAGCCCAACCUGAAGAUGGUGAGCCACCAGUUCGAGGGCGCCCAGAUCCUCUCGCAGCUGCAGUGUUCCGGCAUGGUGUCGGUGCUGGACCUGAUGCAGGGCGGCUUCCCCUCCAGAGCACCUUUCCACGAGCUCUACAAUAUGUACAAGCAGUAUAUGCCUGACAAAUUGACCAGGCUGGACCCACGGCUUUUCUGCAAGGCUUUGUUCAAGGCUCUGGGACUGAAUGAUAAUGAUUACAAGUUCGGCCUCACGCGGGUCUUCUUCCGUCCAGGGAAGUUUGCCGAGUUCGAUCAGAUCAUGAAGUCGGACCCCGAGCACCUGCUGGAGCUGGUGAAGCGGGUCAACAAGUGGCUGGUGGUGAGCCGCUGGAAGAAGGUGCAGUGGUGCGCGCUGUCCGUCAUCAAACUAAAGAACAAGAUGCAGUACAGAGCCCAGGCCUGCAUUAAGAUUCAGAAGACGGUGCGCAUGUGGUUAUGCAAGAGGAGGCACAAGCCGCGCAUCGACGGCCUGGUGAAGGUGAAGAACCUGAAGAAGACGCUGGAGAAGUUCACGCCGGCGGUGAGCGGCCUCAAGGAAGGCAAGCAGGAGAUGUCCAAACAGGUGCAGGAGCUGGGCACCGCCAUUGACGCGCUCAUGGCCAAGAUUAAGAGCACGGUGAUGAGCCGGCAGCAGAUCGAGCAGGAGUACGAGGGCCUGGUCAAGCGCUCGGAGCAGCUGCUGUCGUCCAUGCAGAAGCAGAAGCAGGAGGAGGAGGAGCGCGAGCGCCUCAAGCGCAUCCAGCAGGAGAUGGAGGGCGAGCGCAAGCGCCGCGAGGAGGAGGAGCGCCUCCGCAAGCAGGAGGAGGAGGACCGCCGCCUGAAAGCUGAGAUGGAGCAGAAGAGGAAGCAGGAGGAGGAGGAGCGCAAGAAGAGGGAGGAGGAAGAGCGCCUCCUGCAGGCUGAGAUGGAGAAGCAGCUGGUGCUGGAGCGCGAGGAGUCGGUGCAGCGUCAGGCCAUGCUGGAGCAGGAGCGGCGCGACCGCGAGCUGGCCAUGAGGAUCGCCCAGAGCGAGGCCGAGCUCAUCCAGGAGGAGGCCCAGAUGGACCCCAGCCUGCGCAGGAGUGACUUGGCCACAGAAAUAGCUGAACUUCUGGCUAGGGGAGUCCAAGUGCAAGCCAGCAAGGCCGCGAUUGGUGUCAAGAAGUAUGACCUCAGCAAGUGGAAGUAUGCUGAGUUACGCGACGCCAUCAACACCUCUUGCGAUAUCGAGCUGCUCGCCGCCUGCCGAGAGGAGUUCCACCGCCGCCUGAAGGUGUACCACGCCUGGAAGUCCAAGAACAAGAAGCGCAAUACGGACACCGAGCAGAGGGCGCCCAAGUCCGUCACCGACUACGCCGAGCAGAACCCGGCGCCGCCCGUGCCAGCCCGCCAGCAGGAGAACGCCAUGAGCCGCCAGCAGCGCUACUUCCGCAUCCCCUUCAUCCGGCCCGCCGACCAGUACAAGGACCCGCAGAACAAGAAGAAGGGCUGGUGGUACGCCCACUUCGACGGGCCCUGGAUCGCCCGGCAGAUGGAGCUGCACCCCGACAAGCAGCCCAUAGUGCUCGUAGCAGGAAAGGAUGACAUGGAGAUGUGCGAGCUCAGUCUGGAGGAGACGGGGCUGACGCGGAAGCGGGGCGCCGAGAUCCUGCCCCGGCAGUUCGAGGAGAUCUGGGAGCGCUGCGGCGGGAUCCAGUACCUGCGCAGCGCCAUCGAGAGCAAGCAGGCGCGGCCCACCCACGCCACGGCCCAGCUGCAGAACCUCCUCAAGUGAGGAGGGCCUCCCCCCCCCACGCCCCCCGCGAGCACCGUCCACUCCUGUCCGGCUCUAGUUCUGGACGAUUAGGGUAAUCUUGUGCUGUAGACAGCGCAAAGGGAACAGCACCCCCUACACCACCCACCCGCCCACCCACCCAUCCAUCCACUCAUCCAUCCACUCCAUCAAGGGUAGUUAGAGCACUUUGAGCAUCCGGCAGAAAACUCUUAACUACUCAGCUGUCUUUUUUUUUGUUGUCAUAUUUAAAAGCGUAUGUUUCUUGUUUUUUGUCCUUUCUUGUUUGUUUGUAUGAUUUUGCUGUGAGACUUUAUAGAUGACAAUUUCUGAUUUGUACUGUUUUUUUCCCAUGCAAAUAUGACUUAUGCUUGAAUUCAUGAUAAAAAUUGGGGCCUUAUUGUAAUGGUGGUGUACCUAUUUCUGAUGUUAUUAUGUUAUGGAAAAGUUCCGGAUCUUACUCUGCUAAUGGUUGUUAACGUGUCAACAUUUGUCUUGUGUGACUAGUUGUGGUAAAGAGAUGAAUGACUCCGUGCUUUUAAUUGCGUCUCUCAGUUUGAACUCCUCCAAACUCUCCUUUAAGUCUCCUUUUGCUGUUCUGUUCAUGUUGACUCACAAGGUCUCGGCCGCUUGUCGGCUGUCAGUGUAGUUUUCCAAAUAUUCGUUUUCGAAGAGAAACAUUGGGGCCAGAACUGGACCUGUUAGUUCACUUGAAAGCCGAGAAGUUUACACUUCACAAGCACAACACAGGCAUCCACACUUGUAAAAGUCAGGAUGCACUUUGUGACCUUACAUCACCUCAGCGAAACACUGUGCAUGUCAGACUGGAACAGUUGAUAAACUGUAGCAGUAGAACUGCCUUCACAAAGUCUCAAAAACUUUCUAUUCCUGAAUUUUUUAUUAGUCUAGCAGCUUUAUUAGACUAAAUCUAUCCAUCAUUCACCUGCUGCUUUUUAUUCUCUUCACGAUUUUUGUACUUUGCGAAUAAAAAAAGCGCAACUCAUUUGACGGAAGCAGGAGCAGUCUCUCCCCAGUAAGUGCGGAGGAGAGUCAGCCUUUCGAGUGAGUGAUUUGCUGUGAUGUCUCGCUGUAUGCGAGGUCUCAGAUUGCCUCUCUGGAGCUCUUGUUUGUUGAUGCGCAAAAAAACGUCAAGCACCGUUGUUAUGAACUGGAAAGAAUACUCCUCUCUGAGGCUGUUAGGCGGUUUGCAAAUCGAGUUAUUUCAAAUGCAUAUGAAUAUUUAUAUGAGGCAUUGACCAUUUGGCUGAGAAGUCAUGGGACAGAAUAUGGAGCAGAGUAGGGACAAGCACCGUUUUUAACGUAAUUGUAACCUUUUGAUGAAGGCAGAUUGCUUUUUGCAGUGCUAUGAAAGCUAUAGUAUAGGCAGAACAUAUUCGAUUAUGAAAGCAUAAUUCAGUUCAAUGUUCCAAGCGAUGAUACUGAUGUCUAAUCAUGUGCUCUUCAAUGCCUAGUAAACGGUGAUGGAAAUCUGAAAUGUACUGUACAGCAUCAUUUGACUAACAUGAGACUGGUCGGAGGUAAUUUAAGAUACGGUGCAGAGCUGUUCUUCAGGUCUGUUUGUGCUCCAGUGCUGCUUAUUUAUGAUACUUGAUCUCUCCUGUGUGGCACAAACACUACUUCAUUAUGUAAAUGUGCUUAGUUCCUGUAGUGGUGCAAUGCGAUGCAACCUUGCCGCUGUUGUCAGCAUCCAGAAGAUGACUGAUUGAUUGGUCGUCCACACACUAAACAGCAUUUUCUCUCUCAUUCCGCGUCACUCUUAUGGUUAGGCGGAGCUAAUGUUCCAAACUGCAGAGGGUCAUUGCAUUCCAGACGUGUCCAUUUGUUGGCCGCAAUGUGCUAUCAUAAUAAACAUAAUU